AUGAAGGGAUCCGUUUUCACUAUCUAUUUUACCGCCUUCUCGGCUGGUAUUCUCGCUCACAAAGGGGAGUACGACACUCCUAACAAAGCCCCUUCUGGCGGCCUCCCUGGCGGAGGCGGUGAUGACGGUGGCAUUGGCGGUAUACUACCCACUGGACUCCUCAAAGGUGCCAACAAUGGCGGUGAGAUCGGCGAUAUCCUCCCAACAGGACUUCUGGGCGGCGGUAACAAAGACAACGCCAGCCCUACUCAGGCCUACGGUGGCGGUGGUAGCAAUAAGGGCAACGUGCUUCCCACUGGGCUCCCCGGCGGCGGGCUUGGCGAUGUCCUUCCCACUGGACUUCUUGGCGGCGGUGGCCAGGGAAACGCACUCCCCACUGGACUACCGGGUGGUGGAAUCGGAGGUGGCAUCGGCGACAUCCUCCCAACGGGACUCCUGGGCGGCGGCAAUAAGGGAAACGUAAACCCUACCCAGGCCUACGGUGGCAAUAGUGGCAACAAGGGCAACGUACUUCCUACUGGGCUUCCCGGUGGUGGAAUCGGCGACAUCCUCCCAACGGGACUCCUGGGCGGCGGCAACAAGGGAAACGUAAACCCUAUCCAGGCCUAUGGUGGUGGCAAGGGCGGUAACGUCGACGGUGUUCUUCCAACCGGACUCCCUGUCAUCGGCGGUGGGAACAGUCCCUCUGGUUUCCAGACCCGCGUCCGCGUCACCAGCUCCCGCGGCAGCCAUGUACAUGGCCACGACUCUGCCGCCCCUACUAAGGCUUACUAA